AUGACGUCCAUCGCACGUCGAAUCGUCAGCGGCCAAAAGGCUCGCUUCAAGGAUCCUCUGCUGGACCUCGACCUCGAUCUCACCUACGUCACUGAUCACCUCAUCAUCAUGGGCUUUCCGGCGUCGGGCGUAGCCUCUCUCUACCGCAACAAGCGCUCCGAUGUGCGUCGCUUCCUCGACAAGCGUCAUGACGAUCUUUAUCGCGUCUACAACUUUUGUCCCGUAACCGAAAACGCGUACGACGCCGAUGAGUUUUACGGGCGUGUCUCGCGCUUUCCCUUCCCCGACCACCAUGUUCCACCACUGAGUCUCAUCCCUCUCUUUGUGGCGGACGUCACCGAGUAUCUCGAGUCAGAUCCGGAUGCGACGGCUGUCAUCCAUUGCAAGGCGGGAAAGGGAAGGUCGGGAACCAUGACGUGCUGCUAUUUGGUUUCAUUGCCGUAUCUUCCUACCGCGCCUACUAGCAUGAAGAAUUAUAGCAAGAUGCAGCGCCCGCCCAAGCAGUCGAUCGCACCAUCUCCUUUUGCUACGAUCGCUCCCGAAGCUGGACGACAGAGCGCUUGCCAUGAGCAGAAUGCAACUCAGGCACCAACAGUGAUGCAGCUACAGCCGCCGAACGAAGACGGGCCCAUGCCGCCACCCCGCCGAAGUAGUAUGACGCUUCAGAUUCCACGUUCAGCAGCGUGGGGCAACGUUUCGUCCUCCGACUCUUCCUACAUGGCGCCUUCGACAAGCGGCACUCUUCGUCGCAGACCCUCCCUUGCGCCGGAGCAAAGCAUCAUUCGCAACGACGACCACAAUCCGGAAGCAGAGAUCGAUCAGAUCUCACGCCGACUCCAGACCAUUUUCGAUCUGCAUACAGAACGACGCAUGAAACCUCCAUCUGCCAAAAAGGCUUCGGUACGCCCACGCUCUCGUUCCAACGCAGCAGGCCUUCGUCCGUCUGCGCACUCUACAGGAGUGAUGAACUCUGCUGCUACAUCGACGCUCUCGCUACGCGCUCUCGGUGCUGGACCAGCCGGUCGAAGUUGCGAUGCUCUUCACAUGACGCAAAGCUCCAACGACUUGAGCUCAAGUUUCCAUUCACGAUUUGCUAGCCACAGUCGGGCUAGCACCAGUAUGUCGCAGCAGUUUGAUGACAGUUUGCGCUACAGCCACGGAUACGAUCGUGCCGAUCUCGGCAACUCUAUGGUUGGUCCCCUCGGCGGCGCAUACAGUCAAGAUGACGAUCGAUCCGAUUCGAAUGCAGUCAACCAGAACACCGAAGAUCGUGGUAGUACCAAGCAACCCAGGAUGGGCGUGUCGAUCCCCAGCCAGCGCAGGUGGGUCGGCUACUGGACACGCAUUCUCUCUGGACGAGACGCACGUCUAUCGAUGAUCUCGACUGUUUGUCAGCCACGACGUCUCAUCCGCAUCACACGCAUCUCUGUCGAGCGACACGAUGCGGCUUCGUCCAAAAACGCACAGGGUUGGCUCGAGCGUCUUGUACCCCACUCUGACUCGCUCAGCGUGCAACUAGUGCGCUAUCAAGACUCGCUUGUAGAACGACUGGAAUCCUGGGAGAGGCACGCACGUCGUCGGGCGAAAGCGUUCGGCAAACAUGAUCCUUCCGGCCUCGCCGGCGAUCUCGAUCUAGAAGAGCAGCAGCAAAAGCAGUAUCUCAAAACGCUUCGUCGCAAGGCUUCCGACUUGCAUUGUUGGGACGGCAACAAGUUUGGCGAGCAGCACGAGGGCAAGAUUGGCAACUGGGGCAUCUGCGUUAAAGCUGAGGCGGAGAGGGCAAGGGCGUUUGAUUGGAAGGACAACGAGCCGCAGUUGGAUUACUUUGCGCUGCUGCCGCAGAGUCAGCCACGCGUUGCUAUCGAUUGUGACCGGGUCGAACCUCUAAAAGGCAAGAAGAGGGAUCGACUGUGGAAGUAUACUUUCGAACCGCACGAGUCGGAGAGCAAAGAAAGACAAGCAUCCACUUCAAGUUCGGAUUCUGGCUACUACUCUUCCAUCAGUCCCGCGGAUGACACGGCCAUCAACGGUAAUGGCGAUCAGACACAUCUCGCGCCGCCCUCCAACGUUGAUGCACGGGAGAGCUUGGACGCCGCUCCUUGCAUCAGCACAUUGCACAAGCUCACCCGCAAAGCAUCCAACAUCUUCCCUCGUGCUUCCUUCUCUGACCCUUCUUCUUCCAAGCUUAAGGACGAGGAGUCCACGCCACCAUCGCCCACCUCUUACCUACCCAACUCUCACCCUGGCGUCGAGGUCGGCCAGAUCCUUGACGCCGAUCGUGAGGUGUGCGUCAAAGUGCUCGUCGGACGUACGGGUGUCAAGAACGCCAAGUUACCCGACAUUGCCUCUGCAGGGUGGUGCUGGUUCAUCCCUUCUUUUGAAGAUCCUGAUGCCGGAGACGCAGGUAUGGCACGCGUGGGUGCAAAGACACUGAUCAGAUUCGAGAAAGACGAGAUUGAUUUCAGGAAGCAGCCGCUCGGGCUGGUUGCAGUUGAGGUCGAGUGGGAGUGGAUAAGCGUUGGAGUUGAUGAACAAGAGGUACAGUAA